UGCAAAAAAAAGUUGUAAUUAUCUAAGUUGUUACUCGUAUAUCUUUGUAAUUAUCAAAACAAAAAAAACAAAAAACUAUGAUUUCAUAUAAAGUUUUAAUAAUAUUAACUUUUACAAUUAAUAUAAGCCACAGUAGUUAUUCUGAAGAGCAAAUUCGAAAAGAAUGCGAUAGAUGCGUUGACAAUUUAAAACUACUUGGGUUUACAUAUGACUUACCAUUUAUAAAUUACGUUCAGGGAAUUAGAAUUGCUACUAAUGCUGAUACUAGUAAACUUGAUGAAUUCAUAAUAUAUUCAUUAACCGAAGAUAAAAAAAACACGCAAAGAGAAAAGUAUGGCGAUUCAGUACUGGAAGAUCAUACAAUUCGUGGUAUGUUAUUUAAUGCAUUUUGA